AGCGCUCUCACAGAUGUAAGAUGGCGUUGGGAGAGAAACUCCUGGUUUUGGCAACCCUGCUGACUGCUGGGGCGAGGGCAGACCACCUGAGUGACUUCUUCUUACGUCACCACCGCUCCAUUUCCGGUCAUAACGUGAAGACGUACUGCGGGGUGGACCCAGAAUACUGUGCGCGCCACUGUAAGAUCGACUCCGGCUACAACUGUCGGUCUUUCGACUAUAACACCGGAAGCAGGUGCUGCUAUAUGAAUGACGAAAGUUCGGCGACGGCUCCAACAAACUACGUCAGAACUAUCGGGACGGAUUACUACGAGAUAAAAGCAGGUCGUGCGCUGGACUUGUACACGUUCACGGCCGACAGACGACUGCAGGGCGUGGCGAACAUCAUCAAGUGCGGAAUGAGAGCCGAGGACUGCGCGCAGUGGUGCAUGAAGGAAAAGUCCUUCACCUGCAUGUCGUUUGACUACGAUAAAGAGUUUACGUGCUGCUACCUGAGCGAGGAGACACGUCACACCAUGUCGGCAAACAACUUCGUCUCCUCGUCCUCUCAUGACUACUACGAGUUCAGAUCCGGAGCGGCCACAGGUUACUUUGACGUCGCGCACGGCCACAGUCUGACCAACAAUAACGACUUGAUCCUGUGUGAGAUCGAGCCUGAAGGCUGCGCGCUCAGAUGUCUCCAGGAGACCGGCUUCCAAUGCAAGUCUUUCGACUACGCCACAUCCUGGAGGUGUUGCUACCUCAGCGCGCAGGACAAGACCACCCAGUCGUCUAACUACCAGGUCACCGGAGGGCAGGACUACUACCAGUACUUACCAGGGAACCGUUGGCGUGAUGACGGUAGGUGCGGUUCGAGUUGGUCUGCUGACCUGGCGAGUCCUGCGGAGUGCGACCCGUACGGAGAGUACUGCUGCUCCGGGUCAAGGUGCCAACAGGGGACGUGUACAAGCGGGACGGACUACCGUGGGUGGAGCAGGUGUGGAGAGAGGAUGUGCAGCUGUAACACUCACACCAGAACCAUGACCUGCUCCGGAAGGACCGUCCGAGAAAUCGACUUCUUCAUCCCCAGGAACACAAGGAACCUAGAUCUGAGUGGCAACAUGCUGACAAGUGUUUCAGUAUCUGCCUUGGCCAGACUGACCGAACUCCAAACUCUGAACCUGCGAGCCAACAGGAUCUCUUCCCUGCCGUUUGACGUGUUUGAGGACUUGUCCAGCGUCCAGACCAUAAACCUUCAGAGUAAUCAGUUCAACGAACUUGACCUGGGACAGUUCAUGGAUCUGCCUGCUCUUCGCAACCUAUACAUGGACUCGGGCACGAACCUGAAGUUCAGCUGGGGAUACCUGCCGGAGGUGUACCCGAACCACGGCGUGUCCUGUCCGUUUAACGACUGCUACAGCCCUUGUGGGGAUCCUCACUACCUCAACGGGCCGCAGGACUGGAGCCGCCUGCAAACUGAUCUGGUUAUCAAGAAGCUGUACUUUGAUCUGGCCGACCUGUUCUACCUGGUGAGUGACGUCACACGGAGCGUCACCAUCUAUGCCCACACUGUGGUGGCGUCUGUAGGCGUCAGUUUCGACUUUGACCUGACCAUCCACACGCAGAUGUUCUGGACCAACACAGACGCCGACCUGACCUUCAAAUUACCCAGCGGGCACCACACCGGUCCCAUGAUCACUUGCGGCGACCUGGACGACAGUUUCAGACAGAUCAACAUCAACGUCGGCAACAAGCUGAAGAUCAACAUCGUGACGAACGAGUCGUUCGCGAUGCCGUACCCGUGCAGCGACAGGCGCAGUACCGCCCUCGCCCUCCAGGCCGACUCCGACCAGAUGGCCAUCACUGUGCAGUGUGCGCGUCUGCUGGCUCAGGACUUUAACCUGGGCGACCUGCGGAGCCAGCCGAUGCGGAUGGUGGACUGGGUGAUCUCCCAGGGCCGGGCAGCGGGGGACCCGGUACAGAGCGAGGCCGUAACAAUCAAAUACGAGCUCAUGGUGUCGGCUAGAGGCGCCCGUUAUGUGCCGUACCUGUCUAAAUCUGUCUAUGUGAUGAUGCUGGACGACUAUUAUAGGGAGGUACGUGUUUGUUUGUUUGUUUGUUUGUUUUACGAGCUCAUGGUGUCGGCUAGAGGCGCCCGUUAUGUCCCGUACCUGUCUAAAUCCGUCUAUGUCAUGAUGCUGGACGACUACUACAGGGAGGCCAACGUGUUCCGAGACGAAUACAACCGGGCCCUGGACCGCACGGAGUCGGUUGACAUUCGUCUGGAGGCCGCUAGGCGGCUCCUGGCCAAGCAGAACGACAUCAUCCAGCUGCAGGAGCACGACCUGCAGGACAUGGAGACCGAGCUCAACGUCGCCAAGGAAACCAGAAGGCAGAUGAAGGCCAGACUGGACGAGUCCAACACGGAGCUGGACCAGGCUAAGAUCGACUUUGAGCGCGGCAUAGAGCAGUAUCAGGAGCAGCAGGCAGCUCAGGCGGCGUUUGGUUUCAUCGGAGCCGUGUUCGGGAUAUUCAUCGGAGUGAUACAGAUCGGCCUGGGUGAUGUAGCCGGCGGAGUGAAUUCUAUCGUGGGCAGCACCAUCGACAUCGCGGACACCAUCACAGCCAUCGGCCUGGGUGAUGUAGCCGGCGGAGUGAGUUCCAUCGCGGACCUCACCAUGUACCAUCCUCAUUGA